CAUGACGUCUAAUUCACGCGGCCGUCGCUGGUUCGCACGAGGGUUUUGUUAUCAACCUCAAAAGGACGUUUAAAGGCGUUCAGAGCAGCAAUAACCAACUCAUUUAUGUUUUAGAUAUUUUGUGUUUAGGUAGCACGUCGGAAAAUGGCCACCUUUGAGUCUCUUGGCCUGUCUGAGUGGUUGGUUCAGCAGUGUAAGCAGAUGUCAAUCACCCGACCGACCCCGGUUCAGGAGAAAUGCAUUCCUGCCAUAUUGGAAGGUCGGGAUUGCAUGGGCUGUGCAAAAACUGGAAGUGGGAAAACAGCAGCAUUUGUUCUCCCAGUGCUGCAGAAGUUGUCCGAGGACCCUUAUGGUGUCUUCUGUUUGGUGUUAACACCCACAAGAGAGCUUGCUUACCAGAUCGCAGAACAGUUCAGAGCGUUAGGGAAGCCACUGGGCCUAAAAGACUGUAUUAUUGUGGGAGGAAUGGACAUGGUCGCUCAGGGCUUGGAGUUGUCGAGAAAGCCACAUGUUGUUGUGGCCACGCCGGGACGACUUGCCGAUCACAUCCGAAGCUCGGACACAGUUAGCCUGAACAAAAUCCAGUUUCUGAUCAUGGAUGAAGCAGACCGUCUGUUAGAGCAGGGCUGCACGGACUUCACUAAAGAUCUAGAGGUCAUUCUCGGCGCUGUGCCUGCGAAACGCCAGACGCUGCUGUUUAGCGCCACGCUCACGGACACGCUGCAGCAGCUGCAGAGCAUCGCCUUGAACAGACCCUUCUUCUGGGAGCACAAAUCAGAAGUGCGGACGGUUGAAGAACUGGAUCAGAGAUUCAUCCUCACUCCUGAGAAAGUCAAAGAUGCUUACCUGGUCCAUCUCAUCCAAAAGUUCCAGGAUGAACAUGAUGAUUGGUCUGUCAUAAUAUUCACGAACACGUGCAAGAACUGUCAGAUACUAACAAUGAUGCUGCGUGAAUUCAAUUUCCCAACCAUCUCGCUGCACUCAAUGAUGAAGCAGAGACAGCGUUUUGCCAACCUCGCUAGGUUCAAGUCGAACGUCUUUAAGAUUCUCAUAGCCACAGACGUAGCUGCAAGGGGUUUGGAUAUUCCCACGGUGCAAGUCGUUAUCAAUCACAACACACCGGGUUUGCCAAAAAUCUACAUCCACAGAGUGGGACGAACCGCUCGAGCUGGCCGAAAUGGUGUAGCAAUCACUCUAAUCACACAGUAUGACAUCCAUCUCAUCAAUGCCAUUGAGGAACAGAUUCAGGCUAAAUUAAAAGAGUUCGCUGUUGAAGAGAAAGAGGUGUUGAAGAUCCUCACGCAAGUCAAUGUGACAAGACGACAGUGUGAAAUUAAACUGGAAUCCACUGAUUUUGAUGAGAAAAAGAAGAUAAACAAAAGGAAGCAAAUGAUUAUGGAUGGAAAAGAUCCAGAUUUGGAAGAAAAAAGGAGAAACGAACAAGAAAAGAUCAGAAGGAAAAAGAAGAAACACAAUCAAAAAAAGACGGGAGAAAACAGUGCAAAAACAGCAACAGUGGAUUCUUGAAGUGUUGAUAUUGUACAUUCAGAUUGUAUAUAACGUUUCAUUGCAUAAAAUAAUAUCAGUUACCAGUAUUUCAAAAUAAACCGCAUUUUAUAAGCAA